CUGAGAGGACUGGCCACCAUGCACAGCCCCUGCACUCCGCUGUUCCUGCUGCUGCUGGCAGCCACCGGGGGCCCCGCCGGUGCCCUCACUGAUGAUGAGAAGCGCGCGAUGGUGGAGCUUCACAACCUCUACCGGGCCCAGGUGGCUCCCCCUGCUGCGGACAUGCUGCAGAUGAGGUGGGACGAGGAGCUGGCCGCCUUCGCCAAGGCCUACGCGCAGCAGUGCGUGUGGGGCCACAACAAGGACCGCGGGCGGCGCGGCGAGAACCUGUUCGCCAUCACGGAAGAGGGCUUGGACGUGCCGUUGGCCAUGGAGGAGUGGCACCACGAGCGCGAGCACUACAACCUCAGCACCGCCACCUGCGACCAGGGCCAGAUGUGCGGCCACUACACGCAGGUGGUCUGGGCCAAGACAGAGAGGAUUGGCUGUGGCUCCCACUUCUGUGAGAAGCUCCAGGGUGUUGAGGAGAUCAAUAUCCAACUGCUGGUUUGCAACUAUGAGCCCCCGGGGAACGUGAAGGGAAAGAGACCCUACCAGGAAGGGACUCCGUGCUCCCUAUGUCCCUCCGGCCACCGCUGCGAGAAGUCCCUCUGUGAACCCAUCAUAGGCCCGGAAGAGGCUCAGGAUUUGCCCUACCUGGUAACUGAGGCCCCAUCUUCCCCGGCAACUGAAGCUUCAGGCUCUCGGAAAAGCAGUAUCCCUUCCUCCCUGGCAACGGAAACUCCAUCCUCCUUGGUAACAGAGGUCUCAGGCCCUCUGGCAACCAAGGCCCUACCUGCUGUAGAAACCGAGGCCCCAUCUUCCUUACCAACGGAAGAUUCCCCCUCCAUUGCAACAGAGGCUCCACCUUCCUUAACAACUGAGGUCCCUCCCUUUUUGGCAACUCACAGCCUGUUCUCCCUGGAUGAGGGGCCAGCUACCUUUUCCAAAUCAACCCAUGAUCUCAUCUCCAAAUUGGCAGACAAAGAGCCCAGCAGGACAAGAGUGCCCUCCAAGAGCCCAGAGAGUUCUCUGCACCCCAAGAUGUUCUUGACAGGGACACGGGAGCCACCACCCCACUCCCAGAAGGUGGGCAAGGCUGAGGCCGAGUUGUCUCCUUCCAGUGAGGUCUUGGCCUCAGUUUUUCCAGGCCAGGACCAGACAGGUGAGCUGCCGGCCACACUGGACCACAUGGGGCACACCUCCUCCAAGUCCCUGUCCAACUCCCCCAAUACCUCUGCCACCGCUAAGGCCGUGGGCGGGCGGACCCUGGCUCUGCAGUCAUCUUUAGCAGGUGCAGAGGGCCCUGAAAAACCUAGCGUCAAGUCAGGGCUAAACUCGGGCGCUGGUCACAUCCGGGGCCCCCUUCUGCUGCUACUGCCUCCCCUGGUGCUGGCUGGAAUCUUCUGAAGGGGCCGCCACUCAAAGGCUGAAGAGGUCAGCUGUCCUCCUGCCAUCUCCCCCAACCUGCCCCCCACCCCCCAGACAAGAUGCUUCUUGGCUGAAGGCCCUCCGGACAGGAAAGGCUGCAGGGCCCGCACCUCAUCCACAGAUGCCUUGGGGGCACGAGGCCUGCCACCUGGCCCAGACCCCUCCUGCCCCUCCCAUCUCAAUCCUGGGGUGGGGGGAUUCAGGGGAGAGCCCUGCCUACCAGGCUUGGGACCGUCUGCCUCUGCAGGUAGGGGGUUCUCCCUGAGUGCCCCCUCCCCUUACUUGCUGAUGUAGCUGGGGAGGGGGGUUGUGAGGAGAUGAAGGACAAGCCCCACCUGAAUGGGGUUCUACACAGCGGUGGGGGGGGGGGCAGGCAAGGACCAAGGAAGGGAAGCAGCCCCCGACUCCUGAAUAAAGCCUGUGUAAGAGUACUGAGUCUCUGUGCUUAUGAGGGGUAGCGGGCAAAGGAAGGCUCUUUGAGAGGCCCUGAAGAGGCUCCCCUUUCAGCCCCAGCACCUGCUCCCCCUCCUACACACCUCCUCUCCCCACACACUCCACCUAGUCCUUUGGGGCACCUUUCUUUUCCUUCCUAUAAACUGCCCCCCCUCCCCAACUCAAAUCUUCAGGCAGCCAGCAGGAAGGAGGAAGGGCCAAGGGCUGACUCCCCCAUCUCCAGGGGUCACCCGUGGAGGCUUAGGUGGGUUUUACACCCAGAAUCAGGGAGUGGCAUACAGCCUCUUUAUGGGGUGCUGCUGCCUGGGCC